CUUCGUGUUGAAUCGGGGAGAGAGAGAGAGAGAGCGCGAUGAAUCACCAGGCAGCUACAGUGGAAGAGGUCCGAACCCUGUGGAUUGGCGACUUACAGUACUGGGUGGACGAGAACUACCUGACUUCUUGCUUCGCUCACACCGGCGAGGUGAUUUCAAUCAAGAUCAUUCGCAACAAGAUCACCGGCCAGCCCGAGGGCUACGGCUUUGUCGAGUUUGUUUCACAUGCCGCAGCCGAGCGGAUUCUCCACGCUUACAAUGCCACUCAAAUGCCCGGAACUGACCAGACCUUCCGGCUUAACUGGGCCUCUUUCGGAAUCGGCGAGAGGCGCCCCGAUGCUGGCCCUGACCACUCUAUUUUCGUAGGGGAUUUGGCACCUGAUGUCACUGAUUUUGUGCUGCAAGAGACUUUUCGCAACACCUAUCCUUCCGUUAGAGGCGCCAAGGUUGUCACUGAUUCCAACACUGGCCGCUCCAAAGGCUAUGGAUUUGUCAAGUUUGCUGAUGAGACCGAGAGGAACCGCGCCAUGUCUGAGAUGAAUGGUGUUUAUUGCUCUACUCGCCCCAUGCGCAUCAGUGCCGCCACACCCAAGAAGACCACCGCCUUUCAGCAACAGUAUCCAAAGGCAGCUGCUGUAUAUCCAUACACUAUCCCGGCAAUUCCUCUUGUACCAGAUUAUGAUGCGAACAACACCACAAUUUUUGUUGGAAACUUGGAUCCUAAUAUCUCUGAGGAGGAGUUGAAGCAAACUUUUUUGCAAUUUGGAGAUAUUGUCUACGUCAAGAUUCCUGCGGGCAAAGGAUGUGGUUUUGUACAGUUUGGAACAAGGGCAUCUGCUGAAGAAGCUAUACAAAGGAUGCAAGGAAAGAUGAUUGGUCAACAAGUGGUCCGCAUUUCUUGGGGUAGGAGCCCAACAGCUAAACAGGAUGUACCUGGUAGCUGGGGCCAGCAAGUAGAUCCAAAUCAAUGGAGUGCGUAUUAUGGUUAUGGUCAGGGCUAUGAUCCCUAUGCCUAUGGAGCUACUCAAGAUCCAUCAGUGUACGCAUACAGUGGAUAUGCCAGUUAUGGCCAAUAUUCUCAACAGGUUGAAGGAGUUCAAGAUGUGGCAGCAAUGGCUGGUACAGUUCCAUCUUCAGAACAGAGAGAUGAGCUGGAUGAUCCUUUGGUUACGCCUGAUGUUGACAAGUUGAAUGCUGCUUACCUCUCUGUACAUGGAAGGUCCAUUUUGGGUCAUCCCAUGUGGCUAAGAACAUCAGCGUUUCCGCAGCAAGCUUAGUCAACGUUAGCAUAAUUAGUAACAGCAUCAUUGGUUUAAUUCGGAAUCUUCCUCAAUUUUCCCGGAGUUCACAGUACAACAACCAGAGAAGAAAUAGUGGAGAUGCACGAGAAUGGCUAUGCUUGGUGCAAAUUAGAUUGGGAAGAAAUAUGGUAGGCGGCUGACCCCAAAUCUCCCAAUCAGGGGUUUGGGGCUGGGUUGUCAGUACAUAAUGUGUCUCAGUAAGAUGCUGGUCGUGCCUUUGCUGAGUGUCUUACUGCUGUUGCACCUUAAAUAUUCCAAGAGCUCAUUUUUCCCAAAAAAAAAAAAUGUACGAUACCUAUUGCUUUUUGUAUGAAAACUUUCUUCGAUAACGUUGCACCUUAUGUUCCAACUGCUUUACGUUUAGAAACUUUAGAUUCGUGUUAGUUCUUGACGAACAACUUUUUUAUGAGUAAUAUUGUUGCUGCAGAGU